CCUCUUCUCCCCUCCCCAUGUGCCUCCUGGGGGCCGGUGCAGGCACCAGCAGGGCUACUCUGGGCAGCUGGGCAGGCCUCCCCUGGUGGCCGCCUUCUCCUAGGACCCCACAGCAGGCCUGAACGCUUCACUUUCAGGUUUCUUGCAGUACCUUCUUUCUCCGAUCUGCUUCCCCAUCCUGCCACAUUUUGGUCUUCCUGUUUCCCUUCCUGGGCUGGUGGCAGUGAGGGGUUGUACCCAGUGAGUCCCGAGGAGAUGCUCAGUGCUCUGGAUCGCCGGGACCGGCCCCCUGAAGAGGGGGCAGCUGCGGGGCUCCAGGGCUUCGCUGUGGACAAGACCUUCCUCUCCUCCCUCAAAGGCAUCCUGCUGGAAACUGAGCUGGCCCUGGCCUUCAUCAUCUUCAUCUGCUUCACGGCCUCCAUCUCCGCCUACAUGGCUGCGGCGCUGCUUGAGUUCUUCAUUACACUCGCCUUCCUCUUCCUCUACGCCACCCAGUACUACCAGCGCUUCGAUCGGCUGAAUUGGCCCUGUUUGGACUUCCUUCGUUGUGUCAGCGCCAUCAUCAUCUUCCUGGUGGUCUCCAUUGCGGCCGUGACCUCCCGAGAUGGAGCUGCCAUUGCUGCUUUUGUUUUUGGCAUCAUCUUGGUUUCUGUCUUUGCCUACGAUGCCUUCAAGAUCUACCGGACUGAGAUGGUGCCCAGGGCUACGCAGGGGGACCAGCAGUGACCCCAGGGCUACAGCCAGACAAAGGGGACAGUGGAGACACAUCUCUCUUGGAUUCACUAGUCCCCCGGCGCACCAUCUCCCACCCUGGUCUACAGAGAUGGAGCCUGUCCUGAGAAAUCAUGGAGACGUGUCUGUGGGCUUGGUGCUCUGAGACCUGGCUCUUGACGAAGCUGAGCUGGGGAGGAAUAUUUUGGAGGGAGGAAGGGCGGGAAGAAGCUGGCUGUUCUCAAAUUAAAAGAUUCA